UUUGAAAAGUAGUCACAUGAGAAAUUGAAGAAAUCGCAACUUAUGUUGGCAUGACAUGGUGGUACAAGGAACUGUUUCUGCCUCACUUUUUAGGCGCCUGUAUUCAUCAAAAUCUGUUACUACACGCAUAUCGAAUAUGUUGAUCGACAAAGUUGGAACCAAAGCGGUUUGUGUUGGAAGGAACUAUGAAAAGCACGCAAAGGAAAUGGGUGCCCAAGUUACAAGUACCAAGGGAGAUCCUAUUUUAUUUAUAAAGCCAACUUCAAGUUAUAUUCGAGGUGACAGUCCCAUUUUGCUUCCUGUGGGUGCCCAAGUACAUCACGAAGUCGAGUUAGGAGUAGUCAUUGGCAAGCGUGCUAAGCUCGUAUCCGUGGACGAAGCAAUUGGAUUUGUGGCAGGUUACGUAUGUUGCAUAGACGUAACAGCUCGAAACUGGCAAGCAAAAGCAAAAUCAGAAGGAACACCCUGGACGAUAUCCAAAGGUUGUGACACUUUUCUACCGAUGAGCGAUCUGAUUCCCGCUCAAAAGGUUCCCAACCCUCGUAACCUUGACCUGUGGCUCAAGGUUAAUGGCAAUAUGAAGCAAUCAGGCAACACGAAAGAUAUGAUUUUCAGUAUUGAAGAACUUAUCUCUUAUACAAGCAAGUUUAUGACUCUCUAUGAAGGUGACCUCUUAUUGACAGGCACUCCAGAAGGCGUAGGGCCACUUGAAGACAAUGAUAUUGUGGAAGCAGGUUUGGGCGAGUUGACUAGUAUCAAGUUUUCAUGUCAAAGAAUGUCUUCAUAAUAUAGAUAUACCAUGAAUCAUGGUUAUCA